CUCGCCCCGCCCUCCUCGGCAAGAUGGCGGCGCCCAGCUGGGGCGUGUUGCGCCUCCGGGUUCGGGGUUCCGGGCGGGGUGGGGGCAGUCUCCUCUGUCUCGUCCCAAAGCCAUUUUGUACCGCCGCUGCUGCUGCCUCUAAGCCCCUGGACGCCCAACUAGCAGAGAAGCUCCGAGCCCAGAAACAGGAACAAAAGGCGAAGAAGGAGCCGGAGCUCAAAAACCCUGUCCAGCGGAGAGUGCACGAACUAGUGCGGUUCACGCAGCAGCUGCAACGAGUCCACCCCAACGUGCUCGCUAAGGCCCUGAGCCGAGGGAUCGUCCACCAGGACAAGGACCUCGUGGUCAUCAAUAAGCCCUAUGGUCUCCCUGUGCAUGGUGGCCCUGGGGUCCAGCUCUGCAUCAGUGAUGUCCUCCCUAUCCUGGCCAAGGUGCUUCAUGGCCACAAGGCAGAGCCCCUGCAUCUGUGCCACCGGCUGGACAAGGAAACUACAGGCGUCAUGGUGUUGGCUCGGGACAAGGAGGUGGCACACCAGGUCCAAGAGCUGUUUAGAACCCGUCAGGUGGUGAAGAAGUACUGGGCCAUCACGGUGCGCGUCCCCGUGCCCUCAGCAGGCGUCGUGGAUAUCCCCAUCGUGGAGAAGGAGGUGCAAGGGCAGCAGCAGCACCACAAGAUGACGCUGUCCCCAAGCUACCGCAUGGACAAUGGGAAGAUGGUGAGAAUGCGGACCAGCCGGAGCGCGCACGUGGCUGUGACGCAGUACCAGGUGCUGAGUAGCACCGUCUCCUCCGCCCUGUUGGAGCUCCAUCCUGUUACUGGAGUAAAACAUCAGCUUCGCGUUCACCUGUCUUUUGGAUUGGAUUGCCCAAUCCUUGGCGAUCACAAGUACUCGGACUGGAAUAAGUUGGCCCCCCAGAAGCUGUCUGCCGGCACUCUGCGGAAGCUGGGGCUGCCACAGUCGAAGGCCCGCCACCUCCCUCUGCACCUGCAUGCCCGCCAGCUCGUCCUGCCUGCCCUGGGGUCCAGGAACGAGGAGCUCAGCCUGGUCUGCAGGCUCCCUCGAUACUUUGUACGCUCUCUGAGCCGCCUGGGCUUAGAGCUGCCGAGUCAGGAUCCAGACAAGCAACAAAGCUGAGCCUCUGGGAGGUCAGGGGAGACGGCCGGGCCCCUGGGAGCUCAGGGGAGACACCUGGGCCCCUGGGAGCUUCGGGGAGACACCUGGGCUCCUGGGAGCUCCGGGGAGACUCCUGGGCCCCUGGGAGCUCCGGGGAGACACCUGGGCCCC